AUGAAUCAAACGAUACACAGAGUUUCACCAAUCUCCAUGAGCAUCUCAGAGCUGACAACACUUCUCAGCUCAGGUGUUUCUGUCUUUGAGAUCUUUGCCGGUUUGCUAGUAGUGCAUCUGAUCUACCAAAGAAUUAGAACAAGAGUCAAAGUCUACUUACUUGAUUUCACUUGUUACCGGGCACCUGACUCAAACCGCGUCCCAAUGUCAACUCUUAUCGAAACCAUCUACCUCGAUGACAAGCUUGAUCAAGAGAGUAUUGACUUCCAAGCCCGGAUUCUUGAGAGGUCCUGGUUAAGCAACCAAACCAGUAUUCCUCGUUCCCUGAUGGAAAUACCCCUCAAGAAAUCUCUCUCCUCGGUCAAAAUAGAAACCAUGACCACUAUCUUCACCUCUGUUGAGGAUCUCCUGAGGAAAAACAAACUAAGCCCAAGAAGCAUAGACAUACUGAUAACAAACUGUAGUUUGCAUUCGCCUUCACCGUCUCUAAGUGCAAUGGUGAUCAACAAAUUCCAUAUGAGAAGCAAUAUCAAGAGCUUUAACCUGUCUGGGAUGGGUUGUGCGGCUGGGAUUCUAUCAGUCAAUUUGGCUAAUGAUUUGCUACAGGCUCACCGAGGCUCAUUGGCUCUUAUUGUUAGCACCGAAGCGCUGAACACACAUUGGUACAUUGGCAAAGACAGAUCUAUGCUUCUUACUAAUUGUCUCUUCCGAAUGGGAGCAGCUGCAGUUUUGAUGUCUAGCAAUGAUCAUGACAGAGACAAUGCAAAGUAUGAGCUCUUGCAUGUUGUUAGAAAAAAUAAAGCGAAAGAUGAUCGAGCUUACCGAUGUAUCUAUCAAGACAUAGACUCUGAUGAAAAGCAAGGGGUGUCGAUAACCAAAGAUGUAAUCAGCGUUGCUGGGGAUAUGCUGAAGAUGAAUCUAACUUCACUGGGACCUCUGGUAUUACCUUACUUAGAGCAAUUCCAAUAUGUGAUACAACACAUUCUUUGCAAGAAACUAAAGAUCUAUGAGUCGAAUUCUUCUUAUACACCAAACUUCAAGACAGCGUUUGAGCAUUUCUGCAUUCAUACAGGAGGAAGAGCUGUAAUUCAAGCAAUGGAGAUGAACCUGAAACUGACAAAAGUAGACAUCGAGCCAUCAAAGAUGACUCUUCAUAGGUUUGGGAAUACUUCUUCGUCAUCCAUUUGGUACGCUCUCUCUUACUUGGAAGCAAAAAGGAGAAUGAAAAAAGGCGAUAGGGUCUUGCAGAUUGCAUUUGGAAGUGGGUUCAAGUGUAACAGUGCGGUGUGGAGAUGCAUCCGAAAAGUGGAGCCCAACACAGAAAACAAAUGGCUCGACUUUAUCGACUCAUAUCCUGUAGACGUACCUGACUCUACAAAUAUCAGACCAGGCUAG